ACACACGUUCCACUCGCUCUCUCUCUCUCUCCCUGUAUUUCUCUUUUCGCUCUGAAAAUAGCUAGUCACUUCCCCCGCGCUUCUCUCUCAGUCGCAGUUCAAUCUUACGGCGCCAUUUCGGGUUAGUCUAAGCUUACGGUCUGCCCAAGGAAGACACACGACACAGGCAGUCAAGGUUUAUCGUGUAAAAUAAGAGUUUGUCGAGUGGCGCGAGCGCAGGGCCACCAAUUCUAUAAACGCCCGCACCUGCGCCACUAGCGGCUUGCCCUCAAUUCUCUUCGCGCAGAAGGAGCCGCAAGCGCGACCACGACGAUACGUGGCUGUGUAGCUUCCAGGUAUUCUGGGGACGCUCCAAAUUUACGCCACGCUAAUUAUACGCAGACUCGCUCUGUCGCGGGAAAGUUUUAGAGCAGCUACCUCAGUCGAGAGUCGUCGUCCUAAGCGUCGCGGAACAGCGCGGGCCGCUCGGAGCUUCGUCAUCGCGAAAGAAAGUACACCUGCCGAGGGUGCUUCGACAAAGGAGGCGCUAUAAGCGACAAAUACUCCCGUCGCCAUCUGCUUCCGACGGCUACUCGCACGAUGCGCCAGCGAGCAAGUCGUAGCAGCUAGUUAGAGCGGCAUGUACAAGCGCAACGAUGAGCCAUCGUCAGCUAAUGCCCGAAGUACGCCCGGAAGACCCUGGUCGGUGCGCGCUGAAUUCACGAUCCACCGUGGCGAGACCGAAUCGCCGCUCGAAGCGCCAAGUCGAACUGCGACCAUUGCACCCGCCACCGAGUCGUCGGCAGUUAGGAUGACGUACAGCUUCACACCGAGUCAGCCGCCGGACCCGGCACCGACGCCGAGCUACGGCUUUCAACGCGGCAACAUAACCUUCACGUCAGUCCCGCCGCAGAGGUCGACGAUGCCUGCCAGGUCGAAUACCUUACCACGAACGACGUACCCGCACCGCGUUCAGCACGAGCAGCACGUCUCCAGACCUGUGGAUUCGGGUUACGCGAGCGAGCAGCAAGUCUCGAGGGAAGUCAGCGACAAGCGAUGUCGCAGUACCUACAGCAUCGUACUGUCCAGCGCCAAGCGCGCUAAUCUUGCUUAUCCGAGACCCUGGACUAAUUACUGCCAGCAGCAUCAGUCGACUUACGGACAACAGCAGUAUUUCCCCGCGCGCUGCCAUUGCGAUGUGUUGCCCGAGCUUCGCGAAGAUCGCCCGAUGGCGGCGGCAAGCGAACCCACGGCCACGAGCAAGGACACCGCUACGCAGACGACCGACAUCGAGGCCAAAAUGUCGCCGGUUGCUGCUAGGAAAAAAGUGGUCAGAAGGAAAACUCCAGCUGUGCUGCAUGGGUCUAAUUACGGGGACGAGAUUAACAAUGACAAUUUUGGUCGGUUUGCAAGACCAGCAGCACCGAUAAGGAGAAGUCCAACACCACCACCACCGGCAGUAGUUCAACCCUCCUCGUCGUCCUCCGACGAAGAGGCUAAUAACACGAAGGAGGACGAUAGUAGCGAGAAACGAAAACGCACCGUGCACAUCGACGUUUAUUGCACAGGCACCGAUGACGACGACGGCGACGAUUCAGUAUCGAGUAGCAAUAGCAACGACAACGACGACGACGACGACAACGCCACGCAAACGACCGUUUUCGAAAGUAGUAACGUGCGUGUUACGCACACCCAAGCGAAUCCUAGUAUACUUCCCCGUGGAUUUCAAGACGAAAAAGCAUUCUUGAAGCGAGCUUCCGAGAGGCGAUGCGAGAGCUUUCGGAAUGUACCAAUGAGAAUGCCAUCGUUAGCCAGUUCCAAAGGGUACGAGAGCGACGAUGUAUUGAGCUCGCUGUAUCCGUCGCAGUUCAGUUCGUACAGUAGACUUCGAGAUUUCGAAUCGUCGAUAGCGUGGUCGGCAGCUUCAUCGAGAUCGGGAAUUACCGACGAGUCAGCGACGUCAUGGAAGGAUACCGAAGUGAGUGUCACACCGUGCGACAGUUUUGAUUACGCAGACUCGUUAGAUAAAGAAAGAAUCAAGAGCAUGGCAAUAGCCAAGAGUUGGAAAUCCCCGUCGAUCGAACGAAAACAUUUGCUACAGGGACAGCUGAUGAAGGAUUAUUUGAAGAGGAAUAAACCCGUUGAUUCCUCAUCGGAAAGUAGUUCAGAUUCAUCGGAUUCCGACGGCAGUGCCGAAGGAGUUGGUUGGAGUUUCGUGUCGAGCGAAGAAAAUUCUAGUAUCGUACGAGGUAAGUUGACUUUACCCAGUACUGCAACAGCGCUGGUCGACAGAACAACGUCGCGAAUGCUGUGCACAUUAGACAAUAACAGCAACAAGUCAGCCGGGAUCAUUGGAGAAGUGAAGACUACUAUUUUUCGCGAUCGUAUUGGUCCUUUUGGUUCAAUAUCGCCAUCACCGACAUUAUCGAAAGUUCAGUCGAGAAUGACUUCACCAUUCACGACUCCUCAAGGUGAACGUACCGAUCACAUUCUUAAAGCCUCGAUAUUCGGAAGAGUAGUGAAUACUUUCAGGAAACCCGGCCAUCACGUGGGACCUGCCAAGAAUCCUUCGUGCUCUUGUGAACACUGCAGGAGGCAUUUCGAAGAGAUUGAAAGUAGGGUCAGGUCGAGGUCGUUAGAUACUAUCGGACGACGUAGGAAAAACAGCAGCUCUAAUCCACCGAGUUUGACGAACUGAUCAAUGCCGGAUGAGAAUUACUUUUAAUUUUUUGUUGAACGCUUGGAGUGAACGGAAUAACUUUUUUUUGAAUGAACAAUGGAAUGUGCGCGGUUAGACGAUACAUAGUGAAAGUUAUUUUGUUUUUUCCAAGUAUUUAUGUAGCUUAAAAUUAGAUUUGGACUUUUAAAACGGCAACACCGUUUGCCCCAAACGCGCUCUGCUCAAAUGCGCUAUUUAUAUAUAUAUAUAUAAAUCAGUAGCGUUCUGACAGAACCGGUCAAGUCGGUUUUUCGCGACUUGAACACGUUCAAGUUUAAAGUUCAAUACGCACGGUUGACACAUAACUUUCGAUAACUCAUAUUGGGUACAAAAUAUGUAUGUUUGACACACUUUUCAAUAUCAUAUUUAAUUUUUUUUAAUGUUACAAAGGCAAAAUUUUUAUAUUUAAAGUUAAUUUAUCUUUGUAUUCUGAGUAAACCGAUUAUGUAUUUUGGUUGAUUUAACUUAAUCUAUAUCAAAGUUUCUUUCGCGUACUCGACUGAUAUUUGAAGAGUAUAUAUAUAUGGUAGGACAUGAUCUAGCACUGGCUAACAAAUUAUAACAUUAAUUACUUUGUAACAGACACAUAUAGACGUUUACUUGAUUUAUCCGAUUAUUAUGCCUAAAACAACUUUUACAAAAUAUACUAUUUAUAUUAUACAUCGUCAUUUUGUAGGUUCUACAACCUCAAUCUUUUAAAUUUUCGAUUUUUGAGUCGAGUUGAUUGGUUUUGCCGGGUGAAUUUUUACGAGAAACGACUUUAUCGGUGCUACCGAAACGGUAUAGACGAUAUAGUUUUGUAAGCUACUCUAAUUCAUUUGUACGAUAUGUACGACAAUUUAUUUAAAAGUUAUUAGAUGUACCGAAUAAGUGUGAAUAAUUGUCGUUUUGCGAGAUGGUACAAACGAAUACGGUGAAAGCUUGGCUAUUUUUAUUACUAAGUCAUUUAGUAAUUUAUGAUAGAUACGUCAUUUUCAUCAAUUACAUUUUACGAAAUCAUUACACGUCAUCAUAUUCAUCAUAUUAAAUGAAAGACUAAAUAAUCACUAAUGGUAAUGUUAAGUACUGUAAAGUGUUAUUGUUUAUUGUUGUAAUUUAUUUACAAAUUUUAUGCAACACGUCUUAUUAUUGUUACGAUAUUGUAAUGUUUACUUGACUUUUUAUGAACAUUUUAAAAAAAUUACUAAACAUUCUG